GUUCCCGUUCCCGGGCACUUUCGGUUUCGUUUCUUGGCCGGGGCGGAGCCGAACGGCGGCCGAUGGCGGGGGCGGUGCUGGAGGUGGGGGGCGUCCCCCCCGACGCCCCCGAGGAGCUGCCGGUGCUGUACUUCGAGAGCCGGCGGCGGUCGGGGGGGGGCCCCGUGGAGAGCUGCCAGCGCCUCGGCCCCCUCCUCUUCCUCACCUUCCACAGCCCCCAGGAUGCCGAGAACGUCCUGGCCCAGGGCACCCACCGGCUGGGGGGGGUGGGAGCUGCGGGUGCGCCCAGCCCCCCCCUGGCACCCCACCCGGCUGCUGCUGGGGGGGCUGGACCCCUGCGCCCCCCCCGAGGAGCUGGAGCCCCCCCUGGGCUCGCUGCUGGGACGAGCCCCCGGCACCUUCGGCCUCAGCCGGGGCCCGGCACCGGGAUGGGCCCUGCUGCGCCUGCGGGACCCCAUGGCCCCCCUCGAGUUCGCGGCGGCGGCGGAGCGGGUCCGGCAGCGGGGGCUGGCGGGGUCGGCGGUGUCCCUGCUGCGGCUACCGGUGGCCAGCAGCGUGGUGGUGCGUGCCGAGGCGCCGGUGCUGAGCCGCGACCUGCUGGAGCUCUACUUCGAGAACCGGCGCAGCGGCGGCGGCAGCGUGCGGGACGUGCGGGUGCUGCCGGGGGGACGCGCCGCCGUCGUCACCUUCCAGGAGGCGGAAGCGGCGGAGCGGGUGCUGCAGAGACCCCACCGGCUGCAGGACGCGGCGCUGGCGCUCGCCCCCCACUACCCCUUCUUGGGGACGCUGGAGGGGGACGAGACCCCCCCGCCAGACACGGCCACCGCGCCGGGUGAGACCCCCCCGACGGGCGAGACCCCCCUGCCGGCCACGGCCACUGCGCAGGACACGGCCCCGGCCCCCCCGGCAGCCCUGGCACCCUCACCGGACACAGCCCCCCCGCCAGGUGUGCCCCCCCCAUCAGAUGGGUCCCCGCCGCCAGCCCCCACGGGCCCGGUGCCGGUGGAGCCACCGGUGUCGAGCCCGGUGCCGGCGGAGCCGCCGUCUGCCUUCCCCGGGGGUGACGGUGACACGGCGGUGGCCGGGCGGUGGCAGCGCCAUGAGGCGUUGGCGGCGGCGCGGGACGAGGUGGUGGUGCCGGCGGAGCCAGGAGCGCUGCGGUACCUGCACCGGCACUACCAGGACCUGCUGGCCAGCAUCCCCGAGGUGUCCCUGCUGCCGCUGGAGGGGGGGGACGUCUCCGGAUUCCGGGUGAGCGGGGAGCCGGGCCGGUGCCGGGCGGCCGCCGAAUUCCUGCAGAGCCUGCUGGGCACCGUGGGCUCGCAGCCGGUGACGCUGCGGUUCCCCGGCGUGGCGCGGUUCCUGCGGGACGAGGGCGGGCAGAGCGUCAUCCGGCAGCUGGAGAGUCGCUUCCAGUGCGUCAUCGACCUGGACGGCGUCCGCUGGGACCCCCCGGACCCACAGACGGAGCUGGCGGAGCUGCUCGCUGCUGCGGCGCCGCAGCCGGACCUGCCCGAGGAUGAGGAUGGUGCCGAUGGAGACGGCCUUCACCGCAGCAUCGAGGAGAUCAAGGAGCUGCUGGCAGCGCUGCGCCCCGGCGACGCCGAGCCCCCGCUGCUCCCCGGCCACGACCUGGACCCCUUCACCGAGCCCCCCGACGGGGGUGGCGCCGGGGAGCCGCCGUGGGGCUGGCGAAGGGCCGGGAUGGAGGAGGAGGAGGAGGAGGAGGAGGAGGCGGCGCAGAUGGUGUUGGCCAUCCAGCGCUCCAUGGAGGACACGGGGCGCGAGGAGGAGGAGCUGGCGCGGGCCACCGCGCUCUCCCUCCGCUCCCACCGCCGGGAGGAGGAGGAGGAGGAGGAGGAAGACGCCGGGCUCCUGGCGGCGCUGGAGGCCUCUCUGGAGGAAUGGCUGCCGGCGGCGGACGCGGCGCGGGUGCUGGUGUUCUCCUCCUUCGAGCGGGACGUGGCGGCGGUGCCGGGGGAGCUGGAGCGGGCGCUGGCGGGGCGGCUGCGGGCACAGACGGUGCAGAGCGAGCGGCUGCAGGCGCUGCCGGCGCGGUGCUGGCGAUGCCUCGUCCUCCUGCAGCGCCGGCACGCCGUCCACCUGGGCCUGCACGCCGGCACCGCCACGCUGCACGGCUUCGCCGAAUACACCGCCGCCGCCGCCCGCGACCUCCACCUCCUGCUCCGGCGCCUGCCGCAGCCCGGCCGGCCCCGCCACGGCACCGCCGGCGCCCACUGGGUGCGCUGGGACCACGCCGGCACCGCCGUCCCCUACCCCGGCGAGGCCACGGCGCUGCUGGAAGGGGCCUGGCAGCGCCGGCAGCGCCGGCUGGACCUGCUGCUGGACGGGCGGCCCUUCACCGUCGACCUGCAGCGCAUGGAGGAGUACGACAUCGGCAACGCCAGCGUCGCCCCUGUCUCACGCAGCCAGCCCCCAGCCGACAGCCUGCUCGGGCCGGCGGUGGCGGCGGAGGAGGAGGUGCGUCUGCUGCGUCUGGCCGAGGACUCGGAGGAAUUCCGCGACACCGUCAGCCAUUUCUACCAGACGCUGGAGGAGCUGCACAGCCAAAUCGCCAUCGUCAAGGUGGAGAAGCUGAUCCACCCGCUGCUGUACGAGCAGUACCGCCUGAAGAGAGCCAGCAUGGAGAGGGGCCGCGCCGGCGGCGCCCCGGUGGAGCGCGUCCUCUUCCACGGCACCAGCCAGAGCUCCAGCCGCGAGAUCUGCCUGCACGGCUUCAACCGCAGCUUCUGCGGCAAGAACGCCGCGCUCUACGGCCUGGGCGUCUACUUCGCGGCGCGGGCGGCCAUCUCGGCGCAGGACCGGUACUCGCCGCCCGCCGCCGACGGCACCAAGCGCGUCUUCGUGGCCAAAGUGCUGACGGGGGAGUUCGCGGCCGGGGGGCGGGGGCUGCGGGCCCCCCCGCUGCGGGACGGGGCCGGCCCCCCCCGGCGCUACGACAGCGUGGUGGACGACCCCCGGCGCCCCGCCAUCUUCGUCAUCUUCAACGACACCCAGGCCUACCCCCAGUACCUCCUCACCUGCCGCCGGCGGGGGGGACCCCCCUGACACCCCCCCCCGCCACCCCCCGACCCCCUGCCCCGGGGUGGGGGGGGCGG